CUUUCUUCGUUUUUCUGCAUUAGGUAUUAGUAUUCUAUCGACCUUGUGAGGAUCCGAGUUUGGCUCUUGCGUAACGUUUGUUGCGGCUGCCGCGGCCCGGGGCCUGCGCUCGGGCGCCCCCUGCCGCCCAUUGUGACGCCGCCCGCGCGCCGGGUCCCCGAGGCCCGCAGCGGCGGGGGGACCGAGACCCCGGAGCCAUGGCCGAGGCGCAGGAGCUGCUGCUGCAGCUGCAGAAGGACAACCGCGACGGGCGACUGCGGAAGCAGGAGCUGGAGGAGCUGGUGCGCGGGCUCGAGGCCGAGAGCGAGAGCCUCACCGGGCGCCUGCAGGGCCUGCGCGAGCGCGAGCGCAGCCUGCAGCGGAAGCGAAACCAGGCGGCGCGGGCCCUGCGCGAGGAGGCGCGCGAGGCGGCGCGGGAGGGCGCGGAGCGAGCGCGCGGGCUGCUGGAGGCGGCGGAGCAGCGCAAGCAGGACCUGGAGCAGCACAACCGGCAGCUGCAGGAGCAGUGGGAGGAGCUGUCGAGUCAGAAACAAUUGGAGCUGGUGGAGGCCAAGCACGCGGAGCAGGCGGAGAGCCUGCGGCAGGGCGCGCAGCGGACCGAGGAGGCCUGGGCCAGCUUCCAGGAGCAGAGCGGCGUCCUGCAGGUACCGCCCCUCCGCCGAGAGCCGCUCCCGGGGCCCCCAGCCUGCGGCGCCCCGGCCCCGAGCUCCCCCGCGGGUCCUGAGGCCUCGCCCACCUCCCCAGGAGCUGCAGGGCAAGGUGAUGGAGGCGGCGGCCGCGCUGGACGCCUCGCGGGGCGGCGCCGAAGUGUGCGACUCCCAGCCGCGCCGGGUGCAGGACUGCGCGGGCUCGCUCAUGGAGGAGGUGGCCAGGGCCGACUGCGAGAGGCGGCUUGUCGGUGGCGCCGGCAGGGCGGGCAUCAGGUGCUGGGCGCGCGGCGCGCUGCAGACGCUGCUGCUGCUCCCGCUCGGCUUCCUGGCGCUGCCGCUGCUCCACCUGCUGCGGGCGGACCCCUGCGCGCUCCGCGGGCUCCCGCGCUGCGGCUCGGCCUCCGCCUGGCGCCGCCUGCGCUACACGCUGUCCCCGCUGCUCGAGCUGCGCGCGCGCGGCCUGCUGCCCGCCUAGCGCAUCACGCUGGCCGCGGCCGCCUGCACCUCCGUGUCCCGUGUGGUUUCUGGGCGCCGGCGGGGGCCGGGGAGACUCGCGGGGCGGGCCGUGCUGACCCCCGGCCCAGCGGCCCCGGCAGCUCGGGCUCGGCGGCCGCGGGGACUUGGGGCGGCUCGUGCGCCUGCAGCGCAGCGACCCCUCGUCCGGCGCCCGCGCCCGGGCCUCGCGCCAAGGGCCCCCGGAGCCCCCGCGGCCGCCCCAGGGCCACCUCGGAAGGGGCCAGUACCUUAGCUAAGCUUGCCUUGCCCCCCCACACACCCCGCGGGCGAGCCUGGGGGCAGGGCAGAGGGGUCGGGUCUCCUGGGGCGUCGGGGCGCAUCCCUCCCGGAGGUCUCUCGGGGUGCGGCCGCCGCGGCUUCGGGGGGAUCGUCGUCUUACGCACUCAGCUGAGUGCGAGUGAGGAACGGGGUGGGGGGCUUGCCUGCUGCACACACCGCCCUACUUUGAUUCUUUACGCUUUUUGGUACUAACAUUGUUCCGUGGACUCGUUGCGGGGGCGCGCGCACGCCACCCUCGUGGGUUUGGGUUGUGGCCUCCGCAGGUUUUCUUAUUGAUUUGUAGGUGUGGGUGUUUUUUUUUUUUUUUGUCUUUUUGAAGUUAAGUUUGUUUCUGUAAUCCUGUGUAUAAAGUUUUAUCAAAUUUAGAAAUUCUGGGGGGCGCCUGGGGGGCUCAGUGGUGGAGCGCCUGCCCCAGGAUCGAGUCCCGCGUAGGGCUUCCUGCAGGAAGCCUGCCUCUCCCUCUCUCCCUCUCCCUCUCCCUCUCCCUCUCCCUCUCCCUCUCCC